AUGAGCUCGUCGGCGAUUUCGGCACCCUACACGAGGGCCGUCGUGAAUGCGAUGCGCAAGCUGUGGGUGAUAUGUCACGAUAUAAGUGGGAAGGAAGAAGGGCUGAUUGCUGGGUUGAAGGUAUCCUGAGGUACUGGCGGAUAAGAGCUUUGAUAAUACUGGAUGUAAGACAAGAAGAGCCAUAUGUCACAGGGAAUAUUUUCUAACGCGUUGAAUAGUGCUGCUGGAAGCUCCAUUCGAUCCUGUCCGUCGACAGAUGAAUUCCGUCCUCCUCACCGUUGACCUCACCAAAGCCGUUGCGGACGAAGCUAUCGAACGGCAAGAUUCGAUUGUCAUUGCAUAUCGUUAGUACCUGGCGAAUGAUGUGCUUCUGUUGGACCUGACACGAUGUGAAGCGUAGAUCCCAUCAUCUUCAGAGGUCUCAAGAGCUUGACGCUGAAGGAUACACAACAACAGAGUCUGUUGCGAUUGGCUGCUGAAGGCAUCAGUGUAGGGAGGAGAACAUGCAUAAGAAAAUACUGUCGACUAAUGAAGUCACCAGGUGUACAGCCCUCACACAGCCGUCGACUGUGCUCGCGGUGGGCUUGGCGACUGGCUUGCAGACAUCGUGACCGGCGUCCCCACCAAUCCCGAAGAACUUGAAGAGGAUCUCGAAAGCGCGGAGGGCGCUGCUCCCAACAAAGCAGAAAUCUCACAAGCUAAUUCGGAAACGAACUCGCUCAAAGAUCCGAAGCGCCCGGUGUAUAUGCUUCAGCACCACCCGUCGCAGCUCUCCCUGAACGAACGAGCGCUGAAUCUGGGUAACCACCAACACAGGCGAUACCCAAUCAAGAGCGUGUCAGUAGAGGGAUACCCGGGAGCAGGAAUGGGCAGAAUCAUUCGUCUUGCGGAGCCAGUGCCCCUGAUUGACAUCAUCGAUCGGAUCGGUCUUGGACUAGGAAAUCCGAAAGGCUUCCCUAUUGCUGUUCCUCAAGGCAAGCAAGCAAGCGACAUGAUGAUCAGCAGUAUCGCGCUCUGUGCGGGCUCAGGUGGCAGUCUCUUCGCUGAAGCCGAGAAGAAUGGCGAGGACGUCGACCUGUAUUUCACCGGAGAGCUGUCGCAUCAUGAGGCCCUAGCCGCGAUUGAGAAGGGAAAGGCGAUCGUUUGUCUGUUCCACAGCAACACCGAGAGAGGAUUCCUCCACAGUAUAUUGAAGGGGCAGCUGGAGAGAACUGUAAAGCAGGAGGUGAGCCAACCUUUACCCAAUUCAUCGGUUUCCCCACAACUAACUUAACGCCGCAGUGGGAGAAGCUUCGCAAUGCCGAAAAGAGCCAGAGCGGUAUCAGUGACGAAUUCAUGGAGGCGCUGAACGAUCAAGCCGUCGAAGUUCACGUCAGCGAAGUCGACCGCGAUCCGUACGGGAUUAUGAUUGCUAAGUCAGAGAUUUGA